AUGUUUGCUCGUUCGGUGCUUGCAUUCGCUGCUCUGUUUGCACUUGUUCCACUUGCUUAUGCUGGUGUUAUCCCUUCCACCUCCUUCGCACAGCCUGUCGACGUGACGGCCAACAUUGACGAAUUCUCCCUCGCGGCUGGUCUCACGCAGCAGACAUACUGCCCAGGCGAUGGCUACAAAAACGGGCAAAAGGUUGGUGAUGCUGAGCUUCUCUGGCACUAUGGCGAUGGCAACUUUGUGCAGCACGCUCUGAUCUAUCACUCAGACUCGCUCGGCAUUGUUGUGGCGUACCAAGGCACCAACCUCACCUCGCUUCUGUCCGAUCUUCACGACGCUGUUUUCUUCCUUUCACCGCCUGACCACCGCUACAAGGAUGGUUUGCCUGAGGGUACAUUGCUUGCUGCCGGCUUCCAGGCUUCCUACAUUGACGUCGUCGACUCGGUGAUGGAGCAAGUUAAGAAAUUAAUGAAGGAAUACAAAGAGGAUCGCGUCUCCAUUGUUGGUCACUCCCUUGGUGCUGCAAUGGGUCUCAUUUCUGCGGCUGAUUUCAACUACCGCCUCAAGGACAAUUUGCACCGCGUCUACCUCUUUGGUCUUCCUCGCACUGGUAACCCAACCUUUGCCAACUUUAUCGACAAGUCGAUUGGUAAGAAGCUGAACUGGGCGGUGAACGGUAAGGAUUGGGUGCCCCAUGUUCCUCCUCGUUUCCUGGGCUUCCAGAACCCGUCUAACGGUAUCUGGAUUAACCCCGCAAACUCCACUAACUGGAAAAUGUACCCUGGUCAGGAGAACGUGCACGGAUAUGACUCCGUGGCGCUUCCCGAGUAUGGUAUUUUUGAUGACCACCAAGGUGUCUACUUCCACACGCAAAUUGGCGCAUCUAGUGGUCAUUGCCCUGCUAAAGUUGGUCAAGACUAA